AUGUCUGGUGUCACCAGCGUCACCGACGACCCCGUGUCCACCAGGCCCACAGCUCACCACAUCUCCAGCAGACCCGCACUCGACCUGGGCCUGAGCCCGGCGGGCCCUGCAGAGUCACUGCCCUCAGCAGCUCCGUCAUCUCAGAUGCCCAAGCCGGCGUUUCCUCACCAGCUGGGCGCCCUGACACAGACCGCACCAGAACAGCGGCUGUCCGAACGACAGGAGUCUCCGGGACGAGACGGACAGCAGACAGACAUGUUCCUCAUCGCCCUCAUGGCCGCCGUCCUCUGGUCGUCCUCAGAGGUCAGAGGUCGGGUCACCGUGGUGCAGCCGGCGGCGGUCAGCGCCCCGGUGGGGGGUUCCGUCGUCCUGAGCUGCGACGUGGAGCCGGAGGUGUUCGAUAACAUCCGGAUGGCCUGGUACUACCAGCAGGCGGGGGGAGGCGUCCCCCCCCGCCUGCUGGUGCUGCUGGCCCGCCAGCGAGCCGACGGCCUCCCUGAACGCAUCGUCACCGGCGGCAAGAACCGCCGGUUCCACCUCAACAUCACCGACGUCCAGCCGGAGGACGCCGGAGUUUACUACUGCCAGAGCUACCACUACAGGGACCGGCAGGACCUGUUCCCACGGCGGGAGGGGGCCGCACAAAAACCUGCUGCUGGUUCCCCUACGUGGAACAAAUAA